AUAAAUAAAUUCAAUUAAAGAAAACAGAAGACAACAAAACAAAAACAAUAACAUUUCAUAUUUUCACGUCGCAAUGCCGGAAAAACUGUGGUGGUGUGACUUUCGUUUGUGCCGUUGAACAACCUCGUCAGACUACACCAGACCAGACCGUCCUCGUCUGUCCAAAAGUUCACUUUUGACGUCACUUUCCCUGGUCGCACAGAGAGUCGGCAGAAAUUUCUAAUCAGCUUCGGUCUUUCGUACGAGUGUUCCUUUAUGAGUGUGAAUUUCCUGAAGAGAGUGUACUUUGUGCCCUUGAAGGUGAAUCGCUGAAGAACAACGGCACGCGCCGGAUGCCCUCAGUGUCAAUCGAAUCGAAUCGAAUCGAAUCGGAUCGGAUCGGAGAGGGCCUUGUUCUAUUGUCUAUCGCCCGCUGAAAUCGACCAAGAGCCAUAGCAGAUGGGCGAGAAAUAUUACGCAUAAUUAAAUGGAAAUAACAAUUGCAAAAUACAUACUAUAAACCCAUGAAGUGCAUCGCGCUGCUGAUUAAGUGAGUGUACUAUAAGUAAUCGUAGCAUCGAUGGACCCCAGUGGAUCGGCCAACUUAUCAGCGCGCGUAAAACAAUUGUAAAAACAUAAGUGUAUGUGAAAUCAAAGCAAGCGCGUGUACAUCUAACGAAACAACAAUUGCAAAAUAAUAGUACUAGUUUAAAAAAAAAACAACAAAAAUUGCAACAAAAAAAAUGUAAAAACCAGCCGAACAAAAUUUAUAACGAAAGAAACGAAACACUAUAUUCGUAGUUAGUUUUAGUAUCAGCUCGUAACACCAACAGAGCAGGCCGUGAAGGGGCCGACUCUGGUGGCUGUUUGGCUAAAUACAGAGAGCCACAGAGCCACAGAGCCCAGCCGAGCUGUAGAGCCGUAAAUCCGAGAGGCAGGCAGGCAGGCAGGCAGGCAGCACACUGGCUAGUCAGCCAGCCAUCAGGCCGGCAGAGAGGAGGUAACAAAAACCGACUGCACGCGGGCCAAACUGUGUCAGUGCUUGGAUGACUUCGACGGCGCUUGUUCCUUUUCCCGAGUUAACGCUCCCAGCAAGAAACUACCAAAAAGUUAUUACUAAAUAUUGCGAGCACACAUACAACAUGUUGUACCAACGGCUAAUGCAAUGCUCUACCACCAAUAGUUGUUGCAGCAGCGGCGGCGGCGGCAACUGCACAUCGAUUGUGCCCCGACUGCUGCUGCUGCUGAUGUUGCUGCUGCUGCUGAGCGGACAGAUCGAGUCGGUGGAUGGACACAAAGUGACGGCCACUCUAAUCACAAACCACAACUAUCCCGUGGAAGAGCACACAGUACACACGCCAGAUGACUACAUUCUCACCAUCUACCGCAUUCCCACGUCCCCGAAGCUGCAGCUGCAUUCGAAUGAGACGAUCCAAAAGCCAGUGGUAUUCCUGCAGCAUGGCAUCCUCUGUGCCUCCGAUGACUGGAUCAUCAAUGGCCCGGAGACGUCGCUGGCCUACAUGUUCGCCGAUGCAGGAUACGAUGUCUGGCUGGGCAAUGCCCGGGGCAACACCUACUCCCGCCAACACAAGCACAUCCAUCCGGAUACCUCGGACUUCUGGAAGUUCAGUUGGCAUGAGAUUGGAGUCUACGAUCUGGCUGCCAUGCUGGACUAUGCUCUAUCGGCGAGUAAUGCCAACUCGCUGCACUUUGUGGCCCACUCGCAGGGCACUACGACAUUCUUUGUGCUGAUGUCCUCGCUGCCGUGGUACAACGAGAAGGUGCGAUCGGUGCAUCUACUCGCCCCGAUCGCCUACAUGCGCAACCACUCGUUCAUUCUGUCCAAGCUGGGAGGCAUCUUCCUGGGUUCUCCCUCCUUCCUGAGCUGGAUUCUGGGGAGCAUGGAACUUUUGCCGAUCACCAGCAUGCAGAAACUCAUGUGCGAGCACGUCUGCUCAGAGGGAUCCAUGUUCAAGUUUCUGUGCUCGGGGCUGCUCGACUUUAUCGGUGGCUGGGGAACGCGACAUCUCAAUCAGACCCUUCUUACAGAUGUGUGUGCCACCCAUCCGGCUGGGGCCUCCACCAGUCAGAUCAUCCAUUACCUGCAGCUCUACGCCUCCGGGGACUUCCGGCAGUACGAUCAUGGCAGGGAGCAGAACGAGAUCAUCUACCAGCAGUCAACGCCACCCGCCUACAAUGUGAAGAACAUCAAUAGCUGCGUUCACAUGUACUACAGCGACAACGACUACAUGUCCGCCGUGGAGGAUGUCGAGUAUCUGGCCUCUCUGUUGCCCUGCGCAGAGCUCUACCGCAUUCCGUACUCGGACUGGAACCACUAUGACUUUCUGUGGUCCACCAAUGUGAAGGAAGUGAUCAACAAUAGGAUAAUAGACAAAAUGGAACGAUACGACAUAGAACACGCCACAGGAAUGAGUUUCUAGGGGAGAUAGCCAGAUAGCCACGCUCUAUAGCGGGCUAUAAGAACAAUUUUAGCCAAAUCUAAGCACUGUACAUAAUGUAUAAACUAUUCUAUAAUAAUUUAGCUAGCAAUCAUAAUGAGACAAUGAGCCUGUGCGUGAUAUUAUAGUAAUUAAAUAGCUCGUAAGGUUGCUUAAGGUUUGUGAAUCAGCUCCUACGAAUUUUUGUAUAUAUUUUCCAUAAAUUGCAAAUGCUAAUACAGGUGAAUUUU